UGACUGCACUGCAGUCUGCACGUUUCAUACAUGAUACAAUCGAGUUAAUCGCUUUUUUUCUUGCUGGACGAAUAAUGUAAUGUUAAUUCAUCCAAUAAUUGGACGACUAUUUAAUUUAAUUCGUCCCAUUGGCGGACGAGUGACGACUAGACAGUAGAUGAGUAGAGUGUAGACACUUCGUAUAUUAUUGUUGUAACUUGCACUUUGUAGUCUGAGUGCCAGAUAAACAUUUUUAUGUAUUAUAAUUAAUUUCAAUAAAAAUGUCCAGUUUCCCAAACAAUGAAUAUUCGUGGCAACCGCCUGAUAAUAGCCAAAACUAUUCUUACAAUUCCAACGCGUUUGGAGAUGCUUCUCAAACAUUGGAUUUUCAAACAUUUACACCAGAGCAGCAAAGUUUUUCAUAUGACCAAGGACAAAACAUGGCACCAAACAAUAAUCAAUACUACAAUCCUAGUUUAUUUGAACCAGCUCCAAUACCAGGUGACACACAUCCAGAAACAUCAGAAUUUGAUGAGCCACCUCUUCUGGACGAGCUAGAAAUAUAUCCUGAUCGAAUACUUGAGAAAACUUUAGCUGUGCUGAAUCCUUUUCAUGGACACUCAAAAGCAGAUGAUGCAAACUUUUUGCUGAGAGAUACAGAUAUUGCUGGACCAAUAGCUUUUUGUUUAGCUUUAGCAGUCUGUCUCUUUUUAUCAGGAAAUAAGGCUCAUUUUGGUUAUGUAUAUGGCCUUUCUGUAAUGUCAGUGAUUUUGAUGUACUUUCUACUGUCCUUAAUGUGUGUCACAGAAGGAGUUUUUACUGUACUUAGUGUUGCUAGUGUUCUUGGAUAUUGCAUGUUACCAAUGGUAGCAUUAGCUGGAUUAGGAAUAUUUAUUUCAAUGGAAGGUACAGUUGGUUUGUCAUUAUCGGCAAUUUCAGUGAUCUGGUCGGCUCUCUCAGCUAGCAGACUCUUUGUAACAAUGACUGGUGAUUCUGAACAAAGGCCUCUCAUUGCAUACCCCUGUGCUUUGGUAAAUGCAGUUUUUGCCUUGUUGGUUUUGUUUUGAUCAUCAAUAAAACUAUCAAACCUUUACACACAAUAUAAUUUAAUAAAUAUUAAUAAAAUUAUGUUUGAAUUGGAUUCUUUUAAUGGAAUAUUGCUAUUCAAAUUAAUAAACCAUUUUAUUUAUCAUAUCUGAUAUCAUUCAAAA